UCGACCGCGCGAAGCGAGCUGCUGCCUCCCGAGCGUGCCGACGAUGCCGACCCAGUUGGCCCCGCCGUUCUGAGCCGCCCCCUUGCCCCGCACACGUCGUCCGCCCGUGCCUUGCUGGACGCUUCGAUGCCGGCGGGCUGAGCAAGCCAGGCAUGGUUUCGCCGCCGGAGACCAUGAUGCCUACAGCGGCCCCCAACAAGCCCAAGCUCGGCUUCUCCAUCGAGUCGAUCGUCGGCAAGGAUGCGGUCGACGAGCGGCGAGCGGACGUCGCCGCUACCGCGCACCACCUGCCCCUGGCGGCCUCGGGUCCGCCGGACUCGCCCCGGCCCCCCGCUGCGCCGCCGGUCACGGGCGUCGCCGUGCCCAUGGCUACGUUCCCGCCUCUGGCGGCCGCUUACGCCGCGAUGGUCGCCGAGCACCACCAGCAGCACCACCAGCUGUCCCGGGGCCCACCGCCAUACCUGAGCUCGGCACUCCAGCACCCUCCGCCACCCACUGCGCUGGGACACCUGGUGGGACCCGGUGGGCCCUUCAUGGUGUCCCGGGAACCGCAACCCCUCUACCCCUGGUUGCUGGCGGCCAGGCAUUCGAGGCUCUUCGCGCACCGAUUCGGAGGUCCCGAGCCGGCGGGCUUCCUGCUGCACCCGUUCCGGAAGCCCAAGCGGAUCCGCACCGCCUUUUCGCCGUCGCAGCUGCUGAAGCUGGAGCACGCCUUCGAGAAGAACCACUACGUCGUCGGCGCCGAGAGGAAGCAGCUCGCGCAGUCCCUGAGCCUCACCGAAACGCAGGUGAAGGUGUGGUUCCAGAACCGGCGGACCAAGCACAAGCGCCAGAAGCAGGAGGAGGAGCACUCGACGUCCCACGGAGGCUCGGAGUGCAAGGCGCCCGCAUCGCCGAGGCCGCCGGCCGCGCUCUCGCCCGACAUCCAGAUGGACGACUCGAGCUCCGACUCGACGCAGCCGCUGUCGUGACAGCCCGCCACGCCAGAGCACGUGCCGCGCGGACUGUGCUGCCCCUGCGCCGCCGCUGGGCCGGUCGCCGCGUUGUGGACGCCAGUGUGAAUGCGGACGGUGCGCAGUUCCGGCCUUCACCGACAUACAGGCUCAGGAACCACGCCGACGGCCUCUGCAUUGUGAAAUGAGGCUCGCGCGGAUCUCCUUCUUUUCUCGGUGAAUGGCAUGUAUGGCGAGCGAAAACAAAACGACACUGGCCCGUUGGCGCCUUUUGAUCGAGAAGAUCUGGUUGCGCGGGCUAAGGCGCCGCAUUUCGACCAUAGCAGCCACGCACGCAGGAAAGACAAUCAGUGAACGCAAAAGGGGGGCGGCAACAACGAUGAAGCAAGAGGUGCAGCGCGGUCUUGGCUUGACAAGCUCCGUACGGGUCCUAUGCUUCGAUAUGGCAUUAUGACGGGCGUCAUUCGCGUAGUUCCUGAGCUUGGCGUAAUUAACGAACCGGUCGGGCUCUACCGCUGGGCACCCUGUGUCGGUGCGACCGCGCUUUGUCGCAGCUGCAGACGCAUAAAGGUGUCGAAGCUAUAUGUGUCGGCCUGCGCAGCCCGCGUGCCCAUUUCGGUGUGCUCUUAGGCGAGUUCUCGCUGCCUGCAUGCUAGGCUGUAUUCAAACUCUUCAUGUUCGGCACGUAAACAAAGCACUCUUCGCCAUACUGCACUUCGCGCGGAGGAAAUCAGGCUUUUCCUUAAAUUUUAGUCGCAGCAACUUCGGUCAACUGAAAGCCGCCUCUGCUUGGGUCUUUCUGCAUCUGCUGUGGGAGGCUUGGCGUUGAUCCAGUUGCAAACAUUGCCGUGGCUGUUCCUUGGCAGUCUCGCUCAUUUCUGGUUGUAAUCUUUCAUUGCACGUAACGUGCAUAUGCGCUCGAAGGCAUGCAAACGUGUUUAAGGGCCGUCGGCCGCCUUGGGCUGGCUUCCCGUCGCUCCUAUAGCAAGGAUGAACGUAUAUAAGAAUCUGUAAGCUGUCGUGCCUCUGAUUUCGUUUAUUUUACUCGCGCUGAUUUAUUUCACACAUCGGCACAUCUAAAUUAGCAGAAAGGAAAGAAGCGAAGGCAUAAUACAUGAGUGAGGACAUUCAGCCUGUUAUUCGCUGUUUAAUUGUUAUUUUCUUCAUGUAUUUUCUUUUCGUAAUGGAGGACAGCUUCGUAUGCGUUGCGCUCCGGACUCUGCGUCGACGUUGCACUUGACAAAUCACCGCACAGAAAUUCAUGAACGUAGAUCCCUUCUUGGUGAACAAGCUCGUUUCUUUGAAACCAGGUCGUGUCAAGAGCCCCCCGGUUUGCUGCGGCAUAUGCCGUCGAAUGGUGCGCAUAGCGACGAGAUAGGCGGGCUGUGGUGCACUUGUGAGCGAGCCCGCGCAAGGGCCGGACCUGCAAGCGCCGACCGAAGGCGACAGACGGCCGCCACGUGCCAGGACUGAGCGCGUUCGGACACGCCGACAUCUCGAUGUGCCCGGCGGGCCGAAAUGUGUGUGUGUGUGUCUUCACCCAUGUGUGCGUGCGUGUGGCGUCCAUCGUACAUUCAUGUUCGUUCGAAAGACCUGUGUACAGAAUCGUGUUCGAGUUUUGUUUUCUUUGUACUCCUCCUUCAUUCUCGCUUCUUCAACACCCCUUCUAUUUUUCUUCUUGCGCACCACUUGCUCGAGCCUUUGUUCACGCCAUGAUUGCGUUCGGUCUGCUAAAGGCACCCACACUCAUCAACAACACUUGAAGGAAAGGCUAACCGUUGCCUCUGAAACCAAAGAAGCCUUUCUUUCCUUUUUUAAUUUUCAGAGGCUGACUCGAUACUUUCUCACCAUCGGGCACCAUGCGCCUCGAUCGACCCCCAGUGUGGUCGAGCAACGUGAGCGCUUUGUGCAGGGUGGAGCUUUAACUCUAAAAUGAAAAUACUCAUGCGAAACAAAAUGGAAAAGGAGCGAGAGAAGAUAGUAAGGUCUGCGACUUGGGAAUUGACGCAGUUUGGCGUUUCGGGCAACUUGGCCCACCCAUCCCUUGCCACCAGUUUUGAUAAGCCAGCGUCAUGAGUGCUCAACUGCAUUGAGUUGACUUUGCGUGGGCUGAAGGUUGUCAACGACUAAGCAGGAGCUGAUUUUGCAGUAGUAGAGGGCGCUAGAUCACAAAAAGGACGCCAUUACCUUGGCUGUGACACGCAGUUCCAUGGCGUGUCACUGUUCCAUUUCACAGCGGCAAGCGUUACGCGCCCUUUUGCAGCGAUUGACUUGGAGCUGCUCAGUGCAGGUCCUAAGAGCACUGCAUCCUUUAAGAAUACCCGGUUUUACGUCGCUUGGCGGACACGUAGUGUCCUUCGGCAGCUGCUGUCAAGAUUUAUUAAUAAGAAGAAAGAAUGUAAGCGUUCCUUAGUGGAACGUCUCCGUUCUGCACCAAUUCUGGAAACGAAGUUGAUGGACACAGUAUUUGCGCGUCAUUACUUUGCACCCUUUCAAAUACAAGAGUGCGCGCUAGUGCUCCCAGUGCUCUUCGAAAGGUCUUCAUUAACUUUCGCUGCGACUUUGCCCAGAUGGGUUCGAUUCCCGUGCCUGACACAUGCAUCGGAAAUACGAGCGAAAAAGAAAUGUCCUGCCGAGUGAAGCGCUUCGUAAGAACUUGUGUUGAAUCUGUACAUAUACGACACACUAUUUGUUUUAGGUGCGUGCGUGCUUUUCUUUCUGUAUUGUUUAAAGUGUAAAUACGGUCGAUGUAAUUUAUAACAUGCGAAAAAGGGAUUCUCAUUAAAGAAGAAGUGUGCAUCAAGUGA